GCUGGCUGGGCUGCCUGUCUGGUUGGGUGGCUGGUUGGCUGGCUGGCUGGCUAGCCGCUGGCAGCGGGCGAGUUCAGUGAAGUAAAUCCUGCCUCAGUCUUCUUUUAGCUUUGCCGAGGAGAGAGUGUACGUUGUCCUCGGUGUCUUUCUCUUGUCGGCCAUUCUGAAUCUCGAGGCUUCUUUUAGAAGUUGUGAAGUGUGGUUUGCCAGUGAAAGUGAAUCUUCCAGCAGUUCACUCAUAAAUUUGUGCACAGAAUUCAUCUCAUUCGCAACAGUCGUUAUUUGGCUACCUGUGAGAUUUGUCUGUGAAAGAAAAGGCUAUUCGUUUUUACCUGGUGGAAUAUGAAUGCUUGAUUCGAAAGUUUGUUCAACACGUGAAUUGCUUUCGAAGGGAAUCCGUCUCAUCUCAAGUGGAACCUCUACAUCGGACAAGGUACUAAGCGGAUUCAGUGAAUAAGCAGUCUGAUGGUUUAGCGUGUGUAGUGGAUAAGAAUAAGUGCAAUGAGUAAUCGGGAACAUCAGGACGGGGGAGGAGGGAACAGCACCCAAAACUCAUGGGUCCAAUUUGAAGAAGAAGAUGGAAAUCAGCAGUCGGCUCCCUCAGAGGGAAACACCCCUGCUGUUAUAGAUGCUCAGUCCGUCCAGGUUAGCCUUGAGAAUCAUAGUCCUGAAAAGACGUUGUCAAGAACCAUAUCAGAGCCUGCAAAUGGCGUUCGCAAGUCUUCGGUCACCUCCCCUACCACCCCAAGCAGUAUUACCUCCACGAACUCGAUUGAAACGCGGGUGACCAUGUCGCAGCUCAGCCCAACACAACUCCAAAAUGUGCCCUUACACGAUUCAGCAACUCGACCUCCUGCAAAUGCGCAGCCUGUCAUUAGACAAGGAUUUGCAAACGGAGAUGUCAUAGUCACACUGCUUCCCCAAAACACUUCCAUGCCAUGGGUCACACCAGCACAGUUUCGGCCAGAACUGGUCCCUGAAGAAUUAAUGGCGCAAGGUUUAACACUAACUGUAGAAGACUAUGUCCACAUUAUGUCUCAGCUUGUUAACGAUCACCGAUUCACAAUGUACAAUGUUUGCUACAAGCGAAUACUUAUGGCUUGGAUAUUCCUUGGUUUUGCCAUUCUUUUGUGCAUACUCUUCUCAGGAUUGAAGCAGCUAGCACUCUUUGGUGCUGGCAUUGGUUGGUUGAUGGUUAAUGCAGCAGCAAUCUUCUUCUGCAUGUGGAUUAAGAUAAAGUUAAAUAAGGCUCUUGAAAGGUGUCUAGCAGGCAUCAAUAUCCAGCUAUUGAGGCAUAAAAUACUUCUGGGUCUUGAUGAUCGAGGGAAGCUGUCUUGUCACAAAGUUAACCUUUGUUUCAUCUAUUUUGACACUCAUGACUGUGUGGCAAAACUUCAAGAAAUUAUUGAACAAGAAGAACGGGCUGGUCGUACUGUUAACAGUGAAGAAAAUAAAGUUUCUCCAUUACAUCAGCGAAUGGAUAUUGAUGAUUCAGAUAUAAUCAUAACAGGAGCCACUAAUACACGUAUAUCCCGGCAACAGGAUAGAGCUCGGAUGUUGUUGGCACGCUACAGUCAGCGCUGGGUAAAAGCAGUAGCAAGAGGCUCUUUAUCAAUAAAUCAAGAUGCUAGCGAGUCCACAAGUCCCCCAGGACUUCCUGCCCGUCACAGUUCCUCAAAGCAGUGCCCUUGCCAGUACAUUGAAGAUCACCUUCACUAUAAGCCUCAAGCUUGUUGUAGAAUGUGAACACCGGUGAAGAAAAGGUUGUUUUGCUCUGUGUGAUAUCUGGCUACAAGGAAGCAGCAACACUGUGCCUCAGACAGUACCAAAUCUUGCCUGAUCUGGGAUGAAGUUGGAUUUCAUCUGCUGUGCUGGGAAAUAUUCUUGUACUCUAUAGUGUACUACCUAUAUAAUUUUUUUUUUUUAUGGUCAUCAAAGGCUUGUAAAGAUAAAGCAGUAUUUUUAGCAUGAACAUAUAGUGUAUUCUCUGAAAUGAGAAGUAGAAUUGCAAGCUGCUGCAUUUUAAGCUUGGGUCUUGUCACUUGGGGUUAUGGUAUUUUCACAAACAGUACCUAAGAAAUUUUCAAUCUGAAAUUUAGCAUAGACUGCAUGGUAUAUUUGUGUUUUCAAGGUCAAGCACUAAACUCUUGGACUCCCAAGUGUUUCUUCUGAUAAAUAAGCAGUGUUCCUAUUAAAUUAUUUUGUUCUUAUGUUUUUUUCCCAUAUUUUGAGCCAUGUAAAGUAUAUAGGUACAGUACAGUAUAUUCACUUUGCAUCACAACUGUCAAAAAAGCAACUUCAGUUUUGUAUUUUGUUAAGUUCAAGUUUAUUGCAGAGAAAAUCAAGAAAAUUUGAACCUAUCACACUUAGUUGUAUUAUACUGUACUAUACAGCAGUUGAAAAUUUGUCAUCCCUAUAAGCAUGGUAAAUUUUGCAUACAAUUUUUUUUAUUAUUAGUUCUGGUAUCAUACUAAGAAUCCAAAUUCCAUCUUCAUCUAUAAUUUUGUUUGUGUGCCUGUUAUCCUUUCCAGGUAAAUGUUUGAUAUGUGUGCAGAUGGCAGAGCAGCUGCAGUUCUAUAAUCCUGUAUCAUAAGUAACAGUUGUUAAUCUGCAUGGUAGAUUUACGUUAAGAAAAGUAUUCCUAAACCAAUGCAAAGUACAGAAAAUAGUAGAAAAUGCACAGAAACUAAUUCUUUGCAUGGUGUCUCAUUGCCCAGUGUUUGAUAACCGAUGACCAUAGUGUGCCUUCUGCUUUGUUCCCAAUUCUUAGAUAAUGACCAAAGUAAAUGUGCAUUGCUGUUUACAAUUUUAUUUUUUGUGAUUAGCAGUCAGAGAUAUUUGUCUAGAAAUGUAAUAACAGGUCAUGGGUGACUGAUGUUCUGCAGACAAAAUAUUGAAUAAUCUUUUUAGUUUUCAAGCUAUUGUUUGUAAAUUUGUGAAUGUCUGUAGCAAUACAAGCACUGAGUAUAUUUUUUUUAUAUUUUAAGUACCGUCAUCUUUGUAAAGUAUAUUGCAAAACACGUCAGUGAAAUGUACAUUGUAUGUAAGUGUUCACAAGUUUGAAUAUAUAGAUAACAAUGAAGAUGCCAUUGAACCCUAUUUUUUUUCUUUUUUGUUAUAGAGCUUAUGUACUAUUUUUUAUAGUCAUUCAGUUCAUGUAGUUGUUAUUGGUGGCUUACAAUACAUCCACAAUGGCCUUGUAUUUUAAACUAUCUAAUGUCUAGGAAAAUGAUACAUCUUAGUACAUGAGAUAUAUAAGAGUGGAAACAGUAUGCUGGUUAUCAAUUGUGCCAAUAUAUAUUAUUCUUACUGAUUUGGGGAGAAUGCCAAUUAAUGUGCAGUAAAUUCAUCAGUUUUUUUCAGGAAACUGGUAUUAUCCGUUUGUAGGAAAAUUGAUAUCAUUGUCUACUGUCCCAUUUGGAAUUUGUAUAAACAGAGUGAGAAUUCUUAUUGUAAUGUUAUUUUCUUUCUUAUUAUGAGAAUUUUAGAUUUGUCAGUCAUUUUAAGUUUGGUAUUUUCUUUAAAAUGUCACGUAAAUGCACUGCCUUUAGUAUGCUUACAUGGCAGAUUUUUUUAUGACCCUUUCAUUUUAAAAGCUUUCUCUCCAUAGCAAGACAGUAUCUGAUUCAUGGGCUUGAUAAAAUUCUAGUCUAUCAGAAUCUAUGUAAUACCAUUGAAAACAUGAGUGCCAUGUACCAUAGUAAAGGCUCUUGUAUUUGGAUGUCUGAUUGAAAAGCCUUGCCUAGUUAGCUGAUCUAAAGUUGAGAAAUUUAUUUAACAUUCAUCUUCCAGAAAGUAGAAAUUGAUGCAUUUCAGUUACUAAUAAAUCAUGUACUUAGGCACUGUACUUUGAGUUUUGUAUUGUGUACAAUCUUGUUUAAAUGACACUUCAGUUAAUGUUCAUGUUCAUUUGUUUUCAUAUGAUAUAGGAGGAUUAUGAAACAAGGAAAAUUAUGCUAGUGAAUUGGCUGUAGUCUUUAGGAUGUUUUUGUAUUUGAAGCCAACAACAUAGUAUGUUUCCAAGGGCAACAUCCUCGUUUACUUAUUUCACAUUUGUUGUUGCUUUGCUAAAGAUAAAAAUAAAGGUAAAAGUUUAUUUAAGUAUCUAGUACAAUGUUUUACAGCCUGCAGUUUCAUUUUCUGUUUGCUGUAUUGCAUUUUUGGCAAUGGUUGUUUAAUACUGCUUAUAUAGCAGAUACUCACACAUCUUGGCAAUUUACGUAAUUGAAGUGUAUGUUUAUUAUACAUUUUAUUUUGAAACACAAUAAUUGACACUUAAUAGUUUGAUGUUAAUGUUUAUAUUUUGUACUUGUAGACUUAAAGGAUUUUACAACUUCUGUUAGGUAUGUCCACAGCCCAUUCUUUCUUCUGGCCUUCCAGAUGUGAAUUUCAUCCGUCCAGAAAACUUUGCCUUAGUAGGAGGUGCUUCAUGUGAAUCACAGAUCUAGGGUUUAGCUUGAAAUUUUAUAUGUAUAUAUUUAUAUAUGUAAGUACUGUAUACACAUUAUGUAUAUAUGUACUAGCUGUAUGGUGUACAUGUUUAUUUAAUCAAAUGAUUUUCCAGUAAUUUUUCUAUAUAUGUAGUGCAGCCAUUUUCAUUUGAUUUUCAUGAAAUUUUGAUUUUACUUCUGCACUAGUUUUUAUAUUUACAUAAUACAGUACUACUCUAGUACAAGCAGUGCCACACUGUGAAAUGAAUAAUUAUUCAGUAUGCUUUGCACAAAUAAUACUGUGUGCAUAUUGAGUUUGUUUUAUUUAAAAAAAAAAAGUUCAUACUGAAUUUAUUUAAAUUGUCUAUGCUUCUAAUUAAUUAGUCUGUUAAAAUGGUUUUGUUUUCAUUCCCUAUGGGGAUAAAGUAUUAGAAUAAACAAUGUAUUCUAGUAC